AUGGCCACAAGAGACCAAGCCCUGUUUCUGGAGAUGUACCUCGGCCUUAAGAGAGCCUUGAAACGAAAAUCUUACGACUCCGAUUCCGACUCUGAGAUCGACCAGACCACAAACCGCGGCAACAAGUUGAAGAAGCGAGCCCGCUUCGUGCACCAAGGCCAAUUGGCCGGCGCUGAUGGCUCGUCUAUGCUCACAGAGGUUGUCGACCACGCUGGCUAUCGACGCGAGAUUAUCAGUCGCAAUCCUCCGCUCAUCGACGAUGACGGCUACUCUGUCGAGAGCGACGAGGAUGCAGAGGUCGUCCAGGAGGCCGUCGCUGCGGCUGCAGAAGAGAAUCCGUACUCCAGCAUCCAUUUGGAGCAACUCCUCGCCCCCUUGACUACCGUGACCGACCUGCCAAGCCACCCGUCGCUCUCGCGUCCCUUUUACUCCAAAGCGAUCAGCGAGCUUGUUGUCCAGGGCCGAAACUGGACGCAGAAGGAAAAUCGCGCGUUGUGGAAAGUCAAGCCACUGUUGACCAAGUUCUGUGGCGACCAUAACUGGGUCGAUUGCAGACUGAUGUUGACCCCUGACGACAGCGACCUGUUUGACGACGACCUCAUGGCGCGCAUGGCCUCAUCCCGGAAGACGAACGGCGCCAAGAGCCGGCCGACAGCGAUGGACGAUGGCAACGACGAAGACACAAAUAUGCACGACGGGACCGAUCGGCCGAACGGCGCGCUGGCUCCCUUGCCCACGUCGCUGUCGGAGGACGAUGUCGAGGCAGAGGGUGAGGGCGAGGGCGACGACGACGGCGAGGGUGGUUAUAUCCACCCGCUAUUCCUGGCGCCGCGGACAGCCCACCCAGAGCCGAACGGAGGACUGCCCGAGCACGAGGCCGAGGACGUCCGGCGGCUGCUGCAGCUGUGGGUGCAGAAGCAGGAGGAGGUGGCGCGGGGGGCCAACAAGCUGCACGAAGGCCUACUGCGGGCAGACCGGCUGCGCAAGACGGUGCUGCUGUGGUCCAAGGCCGAGGCAAACCGCGACCUGUCGGACGGCGAGGACUACUACGACUGGGACACCUGGGGGCUCACAGAGGACCUGAAGAAGGGCUACGACGAGGAGGAGGAAGACUUGCAACAGCCUCACAAGAAGACGCGCAAUCGGAAGUAG